AAAACUGAUAAGAUCCUUCAAGGUCUAUAUAAAAGUACGGUUAUUUACUCAAAUUGUAAACAAUUGUGCAAAAUCUUGCUUUCAAUAAUAAUUUUAUUACUUCUAAUGAUAUACCAUUAAAUUAAAAUCUUAUCUGAACCAUAAAAAAACAAAUACCAGUCAUGGACGUCGGCGAAUUACUUUCGUUUAAGCCAACCCCAACUCCAAAACGACCAAACGAGGAAGAUAGUGAUGGUUCCGAAGAUGAAACAUCCAAACCUUCUAAGACUCGACGUAUGGCUUUGAGAAAUGAAAGAACAUCUCAAGUUAAAGGAAAAUCAUUGCCUAAAGAGCCUAUGAUUACUGAUAAAGAAAGGGAAGAUAUUCUUAGAUUUGUGGAGACUGAGACAACUGAGGGCGAAGUGCUUGAUGACACGGCCGUUAAAAAAUUAGUACUGAAUUUCGAAAAGAAAGCCCUUAAAAACAGAGAAAUGAGAAUCAAAUUUCCCGAUCAACCUGAAAAGUUUAUGGAGAGUGAAAUUGAUUUACAUGAAGCUUUGCAGGACUUGAGUGCUGUCGCCACAGUCCCCGAUGAAUAUCCUCUAUUGGUAGAAUUAAAAUGCAUUAAUUCCCUUUUAGAAUUGCUAUCACAUGAUAACACAGAUAUCUCAACCAAAGUUGUAAAUCUACUUCAGGAAUUGACUGACGUGGAUAUACUGCAUGAAAGUGAAGAAGGUGCGGAGGAAUUAAUCAAAGCCUUAGCGGAGGCAGAUGCUCCCGCCUUAUUGCUGCACAAUCUCGCCCGGCUUGAUGAACAGGUGCCAGAUGAAAGAGAUGCAGUACACAACACAUUGGGUAUUAUAGAAAACAUAACUGAAUUCCGUCCUGAAUUGUGUCAUGAAGUUGCAAAACAAGGAUUCAUACAGUGGAUACUUAAAAGACUGAAAUUAAAAGUACCAUUUGAUGGAAAUAAAUUGUAUGCAACAGAAAUUUUAUCAAUACUACUCCAAAAUACACCAGAAAACAGAAAAUUGUUGGGAGAAUUAGAUGGAAUUGAUGUACUACUGCAGCAACUGGCGUUUUAUAAAAGACAUGACCCGAGUGGUGCGGAGGAACAAGAAGCCAUGGAGAACAUGUUUGACGCGCUCUGUUGUGCACUAAUGGAAUCAACUAAUAGAGAUCGUUUCCUGCGCGGUGAGGGCUUGCAACUUAUGAAUCUUAUGUUAAGAGAAAAGAAAAUGUCACGAAAUGGUUCAUUGAAAGUUCUGGACCAUGCACUGGCCGGACCGGACGGGAAGGACAACUGCAAUAAAUUUGUAGAUAUUUUAGGUUUAAGGACUGUAUUCCCAUUAUUUAUGAAAACUCCAAAAAGGAAAAGAUUGCUCACCGUUGAUCAACAUGAAGAACAUGUAGUUUCUAUAAUAGCUUCCAUGUUACGCAACUGUCAAGGCAGCCAAAGACAACGACUUUUGGCAAAGUUUACUGAAAACGAUCUCGAAAAAGUUGAUAGACUGCUGGAAUUACAUUUUAAGUAUAUGGACAAAGUAGACCGGACGGAAAAGGAAAUGGAGUUAAACAAUGAUGAUAGUGACGACGAUGCGCAGUAUUUGAAGAGAUUAUCCGGCGGCCUCUUUACUUUGCAACUUAUCGAUAGAAUUAUUUUAGAAGUAUGUACCGCUGGACCUUCGACAAUAAAGCAGCGCGUGCAACACGUGUUGUCGUUACGCGGCGGGUCUUUAAAGAUUAUACGACACGUUAUGAGAGAGUAUGCAGGCAAUCUUGGUGAUGCCGGAAGUGAAGAAUGGCGGCAGCAGGAACAGCAGCAUAUAUUACAAUUAGUCGAUAAAUUCUAAAUCUGAAUUGUACCGAUGAGUAAACCAAAAAAAUAAAACAAUUAUUUUUAACA